AUGCCUCUCACAAAGGAUCUCCUUCAUCCCUCUCCAGAACAGAAGAGAAAACACAAGAAGAAGUGCCUAGUGCACAGCCCCAAUUCCUACUUCAUGGAUGUGAAAUGCCCGGGAUGGUAUAAAAUCACCAGCAUCUUUAGCGACGCACAAACAGUAGUUUUGUGUGUACGCUGCUCCACUGUCCUCUGCCAGCCUGCAGAAGGAAAAGCAUGGCUUACAGAAGGAUGCUCCUUCAGACAGAAGCAGCACUAA